CCCCCCCAACGGCGCGCGCAACCAAACGCCAAGACGCAAAGCGAGCUAGCUAGUGGAAGAGAAAGGCGGAGGCGUCACGAGACCGGUGCAACUUUUUUUCUUCUUCCUCUCCGGAUCGAUCGGUGCGUGCACGUGGGUGCGUAUAUAUAGGGCGGCGGAUGGAGAGGAGGAGCUGGUUCGGGAGGAGGAGGAGGAAGGCGCGGGGAGGCAGCGGCGGCGGCGGCGGCGGGGAGGCGGAGGCGGAGGAGAAGGUGGUGAUGGACGGGUCAGAGAUACGGGAGCUGGUGGAGGACAGGGAGGCGUUCGGCAUGUUCGCGGAGAGCAAGUUCCGGGAGCUCGACGCCGACGCCGACGGCAGGCUGUCCGUGCGUGAGCUGCAGCCGGCGGUGGAGGGCAUCGGAGCCGAGCUCGGGCUGCCGGCGCGCGGGUCCUCUCCCAACGCCGAUCACAUCUACUCCGAGGCCAUCAGCGAGCUCACUCAUGGCAAGAAAGAAGAGGUGAGCAGGACAGAGUUCCAGGAGGUCCUGUCUGAUAUCCUCCUCGGCAUCGCGGCUGGGCUCAAGAGGGACCCGAUUGUCAUACUGCGCAUCGACGGCGAGGACUUGAGGGAGUUUGUUGAAAGCCCCAGGUAUGAGCCAGAAGCUGCUGCCAUCUUCUCCAAGAUAGGUUCUGAAGAUGUAUCUCUGCGUCAGUGCCUGCUAUCUGCUCUUCAGCUGCUGAAUGUCGACAAUGGAAUGCCACCAGCAUCUGACCCUUGGGUUGCGGAGAACCUUGUAGAGCCGGCAUUGCAGAAACUCCCUGCCGGCCAGCUUGAGCAACCGACCUCCCAAGAUGUCUUCUUGGAGCAGCUCAAGAAGCUCUUGAGCAACGUCGCUGAACGGCUUCAGGAGCAGCCUGUGAUUGUGGCACACACUGAGAACACCUUCGACGGGAGUGGCGUCAAGAGGCUACUGAACAACAAAUUCGAGCUGGACAAGUUGUUGGAUUCUGUCUGGAGAGAUGUACCCAUAGAAAAUAAGAACAAAGUAUCCAAGGAGUACCUGAUAGUCGCCCUAGAUAAGAUGGCUGAUGCAGCAAGCUUACCACCUUACGGUGCUGUUAAUCAGGUGGAUGCCGUGGUGAAUGAGGCGCUUAAGAUGGUUAAUGCUGAUGACAGAAUGACGGUAGAUGAGGCUGCAUUCAAGAAACUACUGACAGAUGUCCUUGGAGCAGUGAUGAUGCAACUAAACGAACACCCGAUCUUCGUCUCCACCAGCAGUGUAGUCCAUGAGCCAUUGUUCAGUUCAUCCACACUGUUAUCGAAAUCAUCGCCGAGUGAGUAAAUUAAACGUAAUGUGCAUGAUAGUGGACAUAAGGUCUACCUACCAGCAGUGCCGUGAUGUUGCUUUUUGUCUGAUCACGCACUGCGGGGCAUGGUUAGAUUGGCUACAACCUGACGAGAUGUAAAGACACACUUCGUCAACUUUGUUAGCCUGAUUGGUGUAUAAGUUUGGAAUAAGCCUUUCAAGCUAGACAGAUUGAUCAAUGGCAAAUGCAACCAUUUUGCAGUUUGCAUCGGUUGGAUUUGGGGGACUGCCUGUUCUCCAGGAACUCUUCAGUCCAGAGAACAAUGAUAAUGUUACGAUAUACGUUCAGUUCAGAGGAUAAUGAUAGAUAUACUAUAUACGAAACAAAUCAGCUGUGUUUUUCUGCAAACUUCUGGAUUGGAGACAACAAUGGUUAUAUUUAGCUAAGUUAUGUUAAGCCGCCUAUUCGCUCACUGGGGCUUUUACGGUUCUUCGAGGUUUUCGUAGAAUCUCCAUCCAUUUUGACAUAAGAAAUGAG